AUGCUGGGGCUGAAGACAGACAACUCCACGCAGCUCCUGCGGCUCCUGAGGAACGUGUCCGCCGAGGACAUCGUGCGCCACCAACAGGACGUGCUCACACCGGAGGUGAGCGCCGUCUACAACAGACGUGUGGUGCUGAACGCGGCGGCCCUGGGGAUCCUGCUCGAGGACAUGGAGAGGUUCGUGCCUCGGGACCUGAACCUCAGCCGCGGCUCCAACGAGUCGCUGGAGGCGGCAGCCCUCAUCAGGGAGUUCUACUUCGGCAACGGCUCCCUACAGAACGUGACCGAGCAGCGAUAUGUGGACCUGGAGACAGACUUUGCGUACGUGGUCGGCUUCCACCGCUCCGUCAGCCAACACGUGACCACGGGGUUCUCCCCCGUGUUCGUCUACCAGUUCGCCUACGACGGGGGCUUGGGCCGGUCCCGCUACGACGGCUACCGGGGCCCCAUCGUCGGAGCAGCACAUGGGGACGAGCUCGGGUACCUCUUCUACCCAAACAGCAGCAAGUACAGUCCAGUGGAAAACUCAACCGACUUCGCGGUGCUACAGACCAUGGUCUCCAUUUGGACAGAGUUUGCAAAAAUUGGGUGA